CUCCUCCGAUCUCCUCCCCUGGGCGAAGGCAGCGGCGCGCGCGUCGCGCGUGGGAGCUUCUCCGAAUGCGCCGGCGGCGUGGAGCGCAAGAGGUGCUCCGGCUGUCCGGCGGGCGGCGGGCGCAGAGUGCGGGCGUUGGCGGGCGACGGCCACCGGCGCGCGGCGAUGCGCGGCGCGGCCGCGAGGGUGCGCGCCCGGGGUCGCGGGGAGCGCGCUGGGGCUCGUGGCAGGGUGCCGGCUUUUGGCGGCGGCAGCCUGCAGCGAGGAUGGGAGCGCGAGCCAGGAGAGGGAGGCAGAGAGCAGGCCAAGCGCGGACACUCACAAGGCUUAUGGGGGAGGCUAAGGGUUGGCCGACCCGACGCUAGCCCAAAACCUAGUGGCGCAGAGCCAGUGUUCGGGUCGAUCGUAUCGCCCGAUCGCAGACGGCAGGGAUGCACCUUGGCCCCCGCCUCAACAUUGCCGCAGCAUUCGGGCACGCUGAAAAAAUCCGUUCCUUCUCAAGGACGGUUUCAUGAGAAACAAGCGACAGACAGCACAGAGACUGCAUGCACCGUCAAUCCGCACAUACUCAGGGAAGGUAGCGAAUCUGUCACAAAGAACCCCUAUCGCAGUCUCCUAGUCCUACGACGCUGCGUGCUCAAACAACACUGUCUUGCACGCGAAAGGCACCCUGAGCGUAGCCUCCCGGCGCCAAUGGAGCAUUGUCACUUCGCCAGCGGCGCCCGCCAACUUUGGCGUGGCGCUCCCACGCGCAACGAAACGAGGAUUGAGAGGGGCAGGCGGAGGCGGGUGAUGAAGAGGAGAAGCAGCAAGAGGAGAGACAGGCGUAGGCAGGCCCACACUUUUGGCCGACGUAAGAGACGGGUCUCACGCGAGACGACAUGGCGACCUUGCGCCGCAGCGUACGCGGGCCGCCCGUCUGGCACGCUGCAUUGGAAACGAGGGCACCUAAGCGAGCCCCUACGCGGCGAAGACGACCCUGAUUUCUUCCGCGGCUCACUGGGGGCGGGCAUGAAACGAGGAAAAGAGGCCCGCCCGGCAGGGCGCGUUCUGCGCGGGCCGCUCUGGCCCGGCCGCCGGCGGGCGCGAAGGGAACACUAACAAAAAACAAGACUAAGCAAAACGGCGCAGCGGAAUCGGGGGGGGUGUCGGAGGGAAGGGCUGGCGAGGCCGGCCCGGCGGCCCUCAAGCGCACGAGGCGCUGGCAACAAGGAGGAAACCACUUACAGCACGUCGCGACAGCAACAUCGACACGGACAAAGCGGAUCGCAAGAUCCGCCACCGUGCCCCCCGGCACGCUGAGGCGCGGUAGGAUGCCAAAA